AUGCAAUUUGGAUUGAUAUUCGUGACGGUGGCAGCGGCGCUGCUGCAGAGUAGCCACUGCAGCCAAGUGUCCGUCCAGAUGCCCUACUUGAGCCCAGCUGGAGUGACUUACAUCAACAACGUGGACCCUCAAGGACUCACUUACUCGUUCCCUGCCAAUUUGGAGGCUCGCCAUGUCGGAUACGCUCACGCCCAGGUGCCUGCAGUCGCCGCCGUGCCUUUCGUCAAGCACGUGCCGACUGUCUCCCAUGUUCCGGUCACCAAGAUCGAGGCACAGCCUGUCGUUCUCGAGAAACAGUUGGACGUAGUGAAACCGGCCGUGUCAACACGCAAAUUCGAGGUACGCCGUCCAGCGAUCCAAAAGCAAUUCUACGACAUCGAGGAGCGCGUGGUUGUCCGUCCAGCUGGAUCAGCCGUGGUCGAAUUAGAUCAACCGACUUCGAAGAUUCAGAGAGGACCAGCGCUGAUCCAGCCUCUGUACCCGUAUCAGUUGCAGCAGGCUGAAGGUGCCUACAGCUUUGGCCCCUCGACCAUUGCCCCACAACUGUCCCCCUCUACCCCGAGCCCCAAUGGCGGAGAAGAAGGCGUUGUCGUGGAGAAUCCCGAUUUCCGUAAAUUCCAGGACCAGAUCCGCAUGUCCGGCCCCCAAGUGAGCACCAGCUCGAACGGAGCGCCCAACGAACCUUUCGUUGCCCAUGACCCGUCACCCAGCGUGAUCGUCAGCCCGCAGUCCUCGCCCGAGGAGGACAAGAACAACCAGAACAGACUCAUCGAGCUGCUCACCGCGCGAGGCAACGUCGCUGAGGUUGGAUUCGGUCGCAAUGGACUCUCGAGACCCGGACUGGAGGAGGCUGGACGCGUAAAAGGCCGUGUACUUUCCGCCACCCCCGCCCCCGACAACGUUGAACCCGCUGACGAGCGCGUCUCCACGCGUCGCGUCGUCCUCACCAGACCGAUCGAGACCUUCCAGGAAGUAAAUGUCGUGGAACCAGCGACGAAGAUCGAGAGAGUCUCCGUGCAACAUCCGACGCUCAUCAAAACCACCCGUUUAGAUCAUGUUCAGGUUCACGGUUCCUACCCGGUCGUUGGAAAGGCGCUGACACCCACGCUGGCUCACGCCUCCAUUCCUGUUUACCAGAAGACCCUCUCGCCAGCUUACGGAUACUACCAAUAA